CGCUGGUGAAAACGUGGAGGACUUCAUGUUGUGUGUUUCGGGUGUCACCUCUUAAUAACAUCAACAUCCACACAAACUUGUGAAGUUUGACAAGGAUGGAGUACAUACAAGCUCCUGCCACAAGCAGCCAGGGGAAUAUCCUGUGCUGUACUUGUGGCGUUCCGAUUCCUCCCAACCCAGCCAACAUGUGUGUGGCCUGUCUGCGUACUCAGGUCGACAUAUCAGAAGGAAUCCCCAAACAGGUCACAGUGCAUUUCUGCAAGCAGUGUGAACGGUACUUGCAGCCUCCAGCCACCUGGAUGCAGUGUGCUUUGGAGUCAAGGGAGCUGCUCGCCCUUUGCCUGAAAAAACUUAAAGGCUCUAUGACCAAAGUCCGUCUUAUUGACGCUGGCUUCCUGUGGACAGAACCACACUCCAAGAGGAUUAAGAUGAAAUUGACCAUCCAGAAAGAGGUGAUGAAUGGUGCUAUCCUACAGCAGGUGUUCGUGGUCGAGUUUGUCAUCCAGUCCCAGAUGUGUGACGACUGCCACCGUGUGGAGGCCAAGGACUUCUGGAAAGCCGUCGUUCAACUCAGGCAGAAGACUGCUCAUAAAAAGACUUUCUACUACCUAGAACAGCUGAUCCUCAAGCACAAGCUCCAUCAGAAUUCCCUCAACAUCAAAGAAAUCCAUGACGGGAUUGAUUUCUACUAUAGCACCAAGCAGCACGCUCAGAAGAUGGUGGACUUCCUCCAGUGCACUGUGCCCUGCAGGUCAAAGACAUCCCAGCGCCUCAUCUCUCAUGACAUCCACUCAAACACGUUCAACUAUAAGAGCACCUUCUCUAUCGAGAUUGUACCUGUCUGCAAGGACAAUGUUGUGUGCCUCUCACCACGGCUGGCGCAGAGCCUGGGGAACAUGGGUCAAGUGUGCGUCUGCAUCCGUGUCACCAGCACCAUCCACCUCAUCGAUCCCAACACCCUGCAGAUUGCCGAGGUGGAUGGGAACACAUACUGGCGUACCCCCUUCAGCAGUCUCUGUAACCCACGGCAACUGGAGGAGUUCAUCGUUAUGGACAUUGACAUCAUCAGAGACCAGAAACUGGGUGCUGGAGCUGGCAUAAGGUCCAAUAAGCACACCCUGGCUGAGGUGUGGGUUCAGAAAACAUCAGAGAUGGACACCAGUCAGCAGUAUCACUGCCGCACAUUCCUGGGCCACCUGCUUAACAUAGGAGACAUGGUUCUCGGGUUUGACUUUGCCAAUUCCAACGUCAAUGAUGAGUAUCUGAAUAAGAUGAACUCCAACUACAUUCCUGAUGUGGUUCUGAUCAAGAAGAGCUAUGACCGCACGAGGAGGAUGAAGCGCAGGAACUGGAAACUGCAGGAGAUGGCCAGAGACCGAGAAGGCAUGGACACAGAUGAUGAAAGACAAUACCAGGACUUCCUGGAGGACCUGGAGGAGGAUGAGGCACUGAGGAAGAAUGUUAACAUCUACAGAGAUGCAGCAAAGAUUCCAGUGGAGAGCGACACUGAUGAUGAUGGAGCUCCGCGUAUCUCCCUGAUGGAGAUGAUGGAGGAGCUCAGCCUCUCAGAUGCCACAGGAGGAGAGGGUGCCGACAUGAUGACAGAAUAGCCAGUUACCAUUCUGCCUGUGUGACACUGACAGCUGAUCUAUCAGAUGCAGGUCCACUGAUGAUACAAUGAUAGUUACAGAGCCGAGGCAUCUGAUUAUGAACUGACAGCAGAUUGAGGACUGAUUGAACCGUUGACAGAUGAUUUUUCAUACUGAAAAUGUGCAGUAUUUCUGACUGGUGUGACUUAUUGACUCAUUACAGUUAAAACUGCAGUAUAACAGUGUCAUUUAACAAAUCUCCUGAGUACUUAUUUACCUAGUCCACCUCUUCUCAGUGGAUUUUUCCUCUCCACAGUUAACCUACAAAAUUAACAUUUUGAACUGUAAAGGACCCUUCUCUCUAUUGUCAUAUAAGGUUUGGAAGUGAUAUAGAAAUGCUGUGUUUCUGCUUCACAACAUUAAAAUAAAUAUGUCUGCACA